AUGAAUAAAACUUAUCCUUCAACAGAAGUGUGGAUUAAGAUGAAUGAAUAAUUAUAAAAAAGCAUUUUAAACUAAUCCAUUAAUUAGUAAGACUUAACAAGUCUAAACUUUUCAUUUGAGAAUUUAGCACUACUCUAACAUUAAUUAAACCAUACAAUUAAUAUAUGGAAGUCAUCAUCUAUUUCAUAAAAUGAUUAAAUUUUGCUCAAAUAAUAAAUUCCAUUACUUCUAUAUGCUCUUAACCAAAACCUAUCUACAAUAAAUACCAUGUUAAUUUUGGGUACAGUUUCUUGAUAAUAUAAUAUAGAUUUAUUUAUCCUAAUGGCUUUUAAAAAUUAUGACUAUAUUGUAAAGACUUUGGUCUAAAAUUUUGGUGUUCCCUUUUUAUUAAACAGAAUACAAGAUGAAAAUUUGGAAAUUUGUUAAAAGUCAUUUUAACUCUUAGCAACAAUACCUAAAAAAUAUUUGAAUGAUAUAGGUGCUCUGUCUAUUUUAAUCAAUGUAUCUGAAAGAAUCAAGAUUGAUUCUCGUGAUUAUUUUGAUUUGAUUAUAGAAAUAGCUAAAUAUGCUAAAAGAAAAGAUGUAUUCUAUUGUAUUAUAUUAAUUAGCAUUUAUAAUUAGUUUGCAAAUAUAUUCUGUAAACUUAUCCUUGUGAACCUAUAUAUUAUUUACAGAAAAUAGUACACUUGUUAAAUAAAUCAUCAGCCUAGUAGGAUCUAUCAAUGAUUUUAUUAGAAGGGUAAAUUUUAAGUAUUUUAAUAAAAAUUUACAACAGAGGAUCUUCAAAUACUGAAUAAAAAUGCUAUUAUUGCCUUUAUUUAAUUUAUUUAUUAAAGUAGCACUCAUAAUAAUAGAAAGAGUUUAGUUCAAAUGAUAUCUUACUAUUUUUUAACAUGAAUAUUGAUAGACACAAUUAUAUGUUAACAGACUUAUAUUCAAAAAGCCUUUACUAAGUUACAUUUCAUAAUUGUGAUCUAAUUAAGUAGGUUAUUAAAAAUCAAUAAAUCAUAAAUAAUCUUUUUACAUUCUACGAUCAAAAGGCUGUUGCCAAUUUUAAUUAAAUUUUCAAUAGAAUUAUAGAAUUUGAUUUAGACUUUGAAAUUAAAUAUUUAAUCAAGAAAGGAAUAUUAUUUAAAUAUUAUUCUUAAUUAAAUAGAAAUGAUCAGGGUUUACAUUCAACUUUAAAAGGAUUAUAUCAACUUUUAAUAAAAGGUAAAUAAGAUUAUUUUAUAAUUUAGGCUAUAUAUAAGAAAAUUUGAAUCAAUUACAAAAAUAAGUAAGAAAUAGUACAGUUAACAAUAUGGAAGAUAAAAAUUUAUAACAAGAAAUAGUUAGACUUAUUUAAUAAAAAAAGUAAUGA